UGCUGCAUCAGAUAAAUGUAUUAUGCUUGCUAAUUUGUUAUCUAAAAACUAAAAAAAACUGAAUUUUUAAACAUUUUAUUGUUUGAUCCUUCAGCGCCUUUUGGACUGUGCAUGGAAAGCCGCCUUACAGCUCUACAACACACUGAAUCUAGCUAAAGAACUUCAGCGAACACGUUAUAUAUUACCUUUUUGGAUGUUUAAUGUGUUGUAAACAUCAAAAAAAUAAAUAUCAACAUUAAAGUUAUGGAAGCCAGAACUACACUGAAUCCUGAUUACCUGAAGCAUGAAAAUUGUACAAAAAUGUACACUUACUACAAAUACUCACUUAUGUGGAUACAUUCGUAGAAUUGUGAAAACUUUCCUUUUAGAUCAAUGAAAAUGUGUGGCUACAAACCUUUUAAAAGCUGUCUUUUCUGAAGUUGGGAAAAAAUCGUUAAAAAUGACAAAAUCUUCAGGUGGUCUUUGACGUAAACAAACUGUUAAUUCUCUUACCACUGUUGACAGACACAAUACGGGAAAACACCUUUUUAAAUUCGAUAUUCAUUUGAGUUCACAUAACAAUUGUAGACAUUUCUUUAUCAAACAUCAUGAAAUAUCUCUGGUAACUGACUGUAAAGUGCAUCUUUGGCGGUGAGCUUCAUUACUGUUGACUGCUACCAAGGCGACUUGUGAAAAUGUCAGCUCCAAUAUUUCCAAAAUUGAUUCCUUGCGCAACUGAUCCUCUUUGGUUUACUGUCGAUAAACCUUGCGAUGAUGAAAAUGAGCUUACUGAACUGGAGAAUGAAUACAAAUCUUGGAUUGACAGCAUCUCCAGGAAGGAUGAUCACAUUGUUCCUAUUGGAAAGACAGCCUCAGAGCAAUGUGAUGAUGAAGAUGAUGAGGAUGAUGAAGAGGGAGAAGACGAUGAUGAUGAGAGUGACACCAACGAUGAUGAACUCGCCUCUGAUAUGAUCGAUGACAGAGACUCACCUGACGAUGUGGAUAUGGAGGGGAACGGAAUGGCCAUGACCUGACGGGUUCCAACCAGUUACAUGUAUAGUAAUAGACUGCAACAUUCCCAUAAUGCUAAGUGCAAGGUAUUGUGGAAAAGCUGAUAGUAUACAAAGUCAUCCUACAGAAAUUUGUAGAGUGCUUUUCCUCAAACAAGAACCAUUUUUGUACAUAGUUGAAUGAAAACAAGUUCUAUGGAUAAAUGAAGGGCACUUAAAUGAAAGCAACAGACAGUGCAAAGUGGACUGUGUGAGAGAUAUACAUUAUAGUGUUCAGAGACCAAAUGUUGGAUCAAGCGACUUCAAUGUGUGCAUAUAUACGAUUGUUCAUACAUUUUAAUAAAUUGUUAAUUGUUAAUUGUUAAUGGUGAACUUUCAUUGUAUAAUACCUUCACUGUGGAGGAUGUUACCGCCUAACAUACUGAGAACCUUGUAUUUUGAACCCAAAUUCUGCCAAGCAAUCUUUUUUAAGUUUUUUUGAAAGUCUGCUUUCCAAAAAAUGCACAAGCUAUACUAAUUGUAAUGUCAUAAAGAUGAACAAAUAUUUUUUCAAAAUUAUAUACUUCUAUUUAUCAUAUUCAAUCAACCAAGUAUUAUUCACAUAAGUUUGAGAUUUUUAAUCUUCCUAAUAUUUUUCACUAUAUGCUUUAUGAAUGAGAGUUUAUUGAAAUAAACAUUGUUCCCCCU